UAUGGAGUAGGUUGAAAAGCUGAGGUUAAAAGUCCCGACUGAAAUAACCAGAGCUAGAAGGCAAUCUAUCUAUCACAAAACUCUCUCUCUCUCUCUCUCUCUCUCGGGUUUUUUAUCUGAAUCCAACUUUCUCUUGUUUUUCAUAAAUUCGGUAUGCAAAAUUAAGAGAGAAGAACACUAAAACAAGGAAAAAGGAAAAGAAAGAGUUACAGGGAGAAAAAAAAAGGCUGUAUAUUUAUAUAUAGGGAAAGAACAGGUUUUGGGAUAAUCAAGGAUAUGGGGAGGGGAAGAGUGGAGCUGAAGAGGAUAGAGAACAAGAUAAACAGGCAGGUCACGUUUGCAAAGAGGAGGAAUGGGCUUCUCAAGAAAGCCUACGAGCUUUCAGUUCUCUGUGAUGCUGAGGUAGCCCUCAUUAUCUUCUCCAACCGUGGCAAGCUCUAUGAGUUCUGUAGCAGCGCUAGCAUGCUCAAAACGCUUGAAAGGUACCAAAAAUGCAGCUAUGGUGCGGUGGAAGUCAACAGACCUGCCAAGGAGCUCGAGCAGAGCAGUUACCGGGAGUACCUGAGAUUGAAAGCUAGAUUUGAGUCCUUGCAACAAACCCAGAGAAACCUUCUUGGGGAAGACCUGGGCCCAUUAAACACAGAUGACCUGGAGAAGCUUGAGCGCCAACUGGAGUCAUCCUUAAAACAAGUUAGGUCCACUAAGACGCAGUAUAUGCUAGACCAGCUUUCUGAUCUCCAAAAUAAGGAACAACUAUUACUGGAAUCAAACAGAGCUUUGACGAUCAAGCUGGAUGAGAUUUGUUCAAGAAAUCACCUUCGACAAUCAUGGGAAGGCGGGGAGCAAAGCUACUCAUAUGGUCCUCAAAAUCCUCAAACUCAGGGGUUCUUCCAGCCCAUAGCUUGCAAUCCUACAUUGCAGAUGGGGUAUAAUGCAUCUGGUUCAGAGCAAAUAAAUGCAACAAGCCAUGCCCAACAAAUCAAUGGGUUUAUCCCAGGAUGGAUGCUCUAAUUAGUUGAAUGUGCCAAGUAUUUGCUUGGUGUUGGCAAUAUCUAAAUGGUUUGAUCGGCAUUUGUAGUCCAUAUUGACAUAAAAACAGCACCGACCGAUUUUCUAAGCAUUAUGGAACUCUUAGCCACGAGCCAAACUCAAAGGCAUGUAUGGUGUUUAUAUAUAAUGUUCCGAAAACCCCAAUAUAUGUCCGGGCCGGAGUCGAGAUAUUAUUUUGGUUUUAAGACGGGUCAUUACCAUAAGGCUGUGGUUUCAGCUAUACUACUUAAAAGUUUGCUGAUCUUGAUAUAUAGUUUUGAGUAA